AUGAGACAAUUGGGGUACUCAGUAAGGGUUGUAAAACCAGGAAAGUUUGCAAUGAAAUAUGCUUCUUCAGCACCUUAUCAUUUAUUCUUUACGAGAAUCGAAAAUUCCAAAGAGACUUAUAAUCAACAAUUCUCUAUAACAUUCUCUGAGAUUCUCGAUCGUAGUCUUGGAGAAAUUGUUAAAAGUCUUCAUUUAAAUUUUAUGGUAGAUGCCACAUGGUUGUGUUUGCAGUAUCUGUUGGCUGGUCAACGUACUGAUAUGACAAUUUUGUACGGCGAAAGAUUAGAUCAUGAAAAAUUGAGUAACAACAUUACCAUGAUAGAAGUAGACAUGCCGAUGAAGUUUGGUUGUCAUCAUACAAACAUCAUGAUCCUGCAAUAUAAAGAUAAUGGGAUUAGGGUGAUUGUCUCCACUGCCAAUUUGUAUUUUGAGGACUGGGAAAACAGGACACAAGGAUUGUGGAUAUCGCCUCAUCUGCCUCGCCUACCAGAAUCUGCAAAUCCUAGUGAUGGGGAAUCUCCAACGGGUUUUAAGAAGGAUCUCGAGCGAUAUCUGAGUAAAUAUAAACAACCAGCUUUGACGCAGUGGAUACGUGCAGUGCGGAAAGCGAAUUUUUCAGAAGUGAGUGUGUUUCUCCUUGCUUCUGUUCCUGGAAUUCACAAACCUGGCGAAGCCAAUUUUUGGGGAUACAAGAAAUUAGCGUACAUCCUAUCACGCUAUGUCACACUGCCGCCAGAU